AUGGUCGCCUCCGAGAUUGCUUACCUGGUGCAAUGGGUGCUGGCCACAGAGUUGCGGCUGGGUGGCGCUGGCGUGGGCGCGGGCAGCAGCGACGCCGCCGCUGCCGCCGCCGCCGCCGCGUCCGACCGCGCCGAGGCGCUGGCGCAGGCCGCGGCGGACCGCGUCGGCGCCGCGCUGCUAGAGCGCGGCUCCGCGGGCGCGGGCGGCGCAGCUGGUGGAGCCGGGGGCGGCGACGGUGCGGCGGAGGCCGUGGCUGAGCCCGCGACAGUGGCGCUGGCGCCGGCCGUGGUGCUGCCGUUCCAGGUCGCGAGGCUCAAGGCGCGGCUGGCGGAGAAAAGGGACUGGCUGCUGCAAGUGGAGCGGGCGUGGGAUGACGUCGAGGCGCGCCACUGCAGGGUAGACGCCGGCGCCGACGGCGCCGCGCAGCCCGCCCCGGACUGCCGCCCCAGCGCAGGGGCUGCGGAGGCCGCAGAGCGCGGCAGUGGCGCCGAGCCGCCGGAGCCGGCAGCCGCGGAGCAGGGCGUGGUGCCGGCCAGCGGGGACGGCGCCGGCGCGGGCGAGGCCGCUGGUGCAUACAACGGGGGCUCGGCGGCGGCGGCGCGCGCGGCGGCGGCUGAGCGUAUGGCCCUGCAGGCUGAGGAGAUGGAGGCGCUCGUCUCCAAGGUGGAGCUGGUGGCAGCAGAGGCCGAGGGCGUCGCGACCGCGCUGCAGGCCCAGUUCCACCGCAACCGCUUCCGCCUGUACCCCCACGUCAACUCGCCCGCACUGCUCAUCAAGAGCCUCAUCAGGGGGGCCGCAGGCGGCGGCGCGGCGAGCGAGGACGGCGACGGCGCUUGA